UUGGCCUAUGAAGAAGACAUCUACGUAAUGGUUAAUUCAGUAAGAAGCCUGUUCAGUUCCAAGCACUUCUCGUUUGAUCCACUGCGGUCGCAAUUCAUAGAUUCUUCGGAAAUUUUCGAAACUGUGUGUUCGAAAACGUUGUGAUUUUGAGUUGUAAAAAUUGUGCAAAAACCCACCGGGGUGAUCAGUGGUUGAACUUUGGGGAAUAUUUUGGCAGGUUCUAAGGGAAGUUUUCGAUCCUAAUAGAUAGAGCCUUGAUUAGUGUCUAUUUGGCGAACAUCAGUGUUCAUGUCACCGUCAUUCAACAUCAUGAAAAAUUGGAAAGUGUUUUAAAAACCGUUAAGUGAUUUACUGUGAUAUUUGCGUCGGUUGAGUCGGUGUUUUUUGUGAUACUUUCAAGUUAACAAGCAAAAUGUUGAACUGUACGGACCUCGAGUGUAUCCUGCACCAUCACCACUACUAUGCCCAUCUGCAUCACCUCAAGCAUGGAACUCAUGUGGAUGAAGCUAUGUCUAAUGAAGGGGAGGGCUACAGUGACGAACCAGUACAGGGAUUCCCUAACGACACUGAUUCCGAUGUAUCCGAUUUAUCACAUCUGGAUGCUCCAAACGAAAGUUUGUACAUGAUCAGUGGCGUGUGUGUGGCGAUGUUACUGGUGGCUGUCAUYAUUAUCCUCCUGGCUAUUACGAUAAACAAACUUCGCAAGCGCGAAGAACAUUCAAACUCUGUUCACCCCGUACCUGAUGCUACGACAACCGUAGUAUUACAGACCACUGCGGUGCCCACAACUGUAACUACGAAUGGAACCACCCCCGUAGCAGCCACCCAACCCCAACGUGCCGAACCGAACGAUCCAUUGGCGUACCGAGGGCAGUUUCUGUGGGCUUUCCCCCCACAGCCUGCCGACCGGAUGUUGUACAAUAGCGAACAGAAAAACAUUGUACAAAACACCGACAGGCCGGGUUUCGUGAGAGGUUUUCGAAAAAAUCUGGGUGGAAAAUGGAGGCGUUUGGUGAAGAAGAAAUCACCAACGGAUGUUUACACCAUUCCGGCUGAGCUGAAGCCGCAGCUGAAGCAAAUCUACGUCUACUAGAUCUGGGAUGGAGGACAGUUUCUUUGCCAUUGGAAAUUGCCUCAUCGUGCGAUCGAAAUAAAAUGGUGGUUUUUUGCGUAUAAAAAGCCGACCAUUUCGUUUCGUGACGAUCGUGAACAGUAUUGAAAGCUACUUGGGUCUAACUAUUAAAUUAGGGGGGUUUUUUUUGUAUUUGAUUAAUUGUCCGCAAUCAUAGUUCUUUUUCUUAGGAAGAAUAGUUUUUAAAAUGAGACUGAUCUUAGGUUUUUAUUAUUAGAGAAACCGCUUACUCUGACAUACUAGCUUUAGUCUAAAUGUAAAUAACUGGAAAUUCGAAAAACAUGACCCGCCGUGGUUUCCCUUGUGAUUUCCUUAUCACCAGGAAACUUGCGGUUGAUGGUUCUUAAGAUUAUAUUUUUUUUUAGUAGAAAACGCUUCAGUAAUACGUAGGAAUUUAAGUAUAACUAGCUCAUAUUGAGCCGACCUUUCAGUUACAUUAUUCUUUUUUCAAUCUCGUUUAAUAUUGUACUCAGAACAGUAAGUGUAGUCGGGCUCAAUUUUCCUCGUUUGUUAUAAAAUUACGGAUUCAUUUCGUCGGAUCCGUCAUUUUCCCACAAACCUAGUCAAUGCCACAGCUAUAGAUUUUUAACAGUUUAAGUAAAUUAUUUUUGUCUCUUUCUCAGUAUUAUUAUACUUGUGUUAAACCCCUAUAUAAUAAAGUAGAAUUAAUGUCUGAACGCAACAUAUCCCAGUUACAACUUGAACUUGUUCUCAGUAUCGAUCUUAUUCGAUGCUAUAUCAUUCAAAAGCAAUAAUGUAAAAUAAUAAUUAUAAUAAUAGUAAUGUAAUAUAUUGUUAUUUUUUCCAUAAUA